UCCCAAGUCCUAAUUCACUGCUUCUACCAACUGCUCCCGCCUUCUUUUGUCUCUUGUUUUCCUUUUCAUUGCUUCCAAAUAUGCGGCUUCGCUUGGCCGUAGCGUUGUUUUGUGCCGCCGCUUCUCUUUUCGCCAUCACCAGGGCCGAAGAUCCGUACAGAUUCUACAGCUGGAACAUUACUUACGGUGAUAUUUAUCCUCUCGGCGUUCGUCAAACGGGUCUUCUGAUUAAUGGGCAAUUCCCGGGACCUGACAUCCACUCGGUUACCAACGAUAAUCUCAUCAUUAACGUGUUCAACAACUUAAACGAGUCUUUUCUCCUUUCUUGGAAUGGUAUCCAACAAAGGAGGAAUUCGUAUGAAGAUGGUGUAUUUGGAACAACGUGCCCUAUUCCACCGGGAAAGAACUUCACAUACAUUCUCCAGGUGAAGGAUCAAAUAGGGAGUUUCUAUUACUACCCAUCUCUGGGAUUCCACAAGGCAGCCGGUGCUUUUGGGGGGAUAAGGAUCCUUAGCAGACCACGAAUCCCAGUCCCCUUCCCGGACCCUGCUGGGGACUACACCGUCCUUAUUGGAGACUGGUACAAGUCCAAUCACACGGUUUUGCAAGCUCAGUUGGAUAGUGGUAGGAAGCUACCUUUCCCAGAUGGAAUCCUUAUCAAUGGCCGUGGACCCGGCGGUGCCUCUCUGAAUGUUGAGCAAGGAAAAACCUACAGGCUCAGAAUAUCGAAUGUUGGACUGCAAAAUUCUCUCAAUUUCCGCAUCCAAAACCACAGGUUGACGUUGGUAGAAGUGGAGGGAACCCACACUUUGCAAACUUCGUACUCUUCCGUCGAUCUUCACUUGGGCCAAUCAUGCUCCGUUUUAUUCACGGCCGAUCAGCCUACCCAAGACUAUUACAUUGUCGUCAAUACUCGCUUCACGAACCCGGUUCUCACCACCACCGGAAUUCUUCGUUACAGCAAUUCAGCUGGCCCCGUCUCCGGUCCUCCUCCUGGUGGGCCCACCAUCCAAAUCGACUGGUCUUUGAACCAGGCACGCUCUAUGAGGACUAACCUUACGGCAAGCGGGCCAAGGCCUAACCCUCAGGGCUCGUACCACUAUGGUCUCGUUAACACGACCAGGACCAUCAGGCUUGCCAACUCCGCUGGACAAGUUAAUGGGAAGCAGAGAUAUGCGGUUAACAGUGUUUCCUUUGUUCAACCAGACACACCUCUGAAACUCGCCGACUAUUUCAAAAUCGGAGGAGUUUUCCGACCCGGAAGCAUAUCGGAUAAUCCUUAUGGCGGAGGGAUAUACACCGACAUUUCAGUUCUGAAUGCUGAUUAUAGGGCUUUUCUUGAGAUCGUAUUUCAGAAUGAUGAAGACAUCGUACAGAGCUGGCAUCUCAAUGGUUACUCUUUCUUUGUUGUUGGUAUGGACGGAGGGCAAUGGACAUCAGCUAGUCGGAACGGAUACAACCUCCGAGAUGCCGUUUCACGUUGUACCACUCAGGUGUAUCCUAAAUCAUGGACAGCCAUAUAUGUUGCACUUGACAACGUAGGGAUAUGGAACUUGAGGUCCGAGUAUUGGGCAAGACAGUACCUUGGGCAACAGCUUUACUUGCGUGUAUACACAGACUCAACAUCUCUCAGGGAUGAAUUCCCUAUCCCCAAGAAUGCUCUCCUCUGUGGUAGGGCGGUCAGCCGGAGCAGCUGACCCCUGUAAGGCACCACACAAUGAAGAGGUUUGGUCCAUGGAUGGAGAUGAUUGAGGAGACGAGUUUUGCCUCUAAUCGUAAUAUAUAUUUUAUGAUAUAGUUUAGCUCAUUGUGUUGUGGCUAGGCUUUGCAUUGUAUUAUUAGGACUUCAUAAUUAAUGGACCUCAGCUCGAGGUCGCAUUCUUUCUUUCUAUAAAUCAGAUACAU